AUGUGCAAUAUGACAGUCCUGCUCAGCCAGCCCAAAAUCACCUAUCUGCCUUCUCCAGCCUGCCCGAUCUCUUAUUUUGGCUCGCCACCUCCGUUGGUCUCUCCAAUCUCUAGUUCUGACAAAGAUGUUCGGCUUGGAAUGCCAUCAAAUGGCCAUCUUCUCCGACCGGCCUGCACCAUGCCUACUGACCAGCAAGACAUUUCUCUACCUCCCAAAGGAGUAGCUAACGUUUUUCUGGAACUAUUCCCUCUUCAUAUCUGCUUACUUUCUAGUAGAGCGCAUGUUGGAGAUCUCCUUUCCUUAGCUCGCAGCCGCCGUGAGCCUAUGCAUCUCGGACCGCCCUCGUUGCCUAUUUCUCUUGCCCGGGCCCCCAGGGCUUCCAUUGACUUGCAAACCUAUUCAAGAUUCGAAGAGCCGUCUUUCUUAGGUCGGCCACAGCAGCACCCGUCCAACCGUCCUUGCCAGUCCCACAAUAAAAUUUUGGACUUUCAAAUUAACCAGCAAUCAGCCCAUCAUCUAGUCCCCGGUCAGCAAAAUUGCCUACCCAGCGAGAAGAAAGUAGUAUAUUCUCACUAUAAAGUGAUGCCGGACCCAGAUUCAGAUACGCUUAAAUUGCGGCAGCCGGCUUUAAGGCCAUCCUUAGAGACGUUUGACCUGUCAGUAAAUGUCCCUGCUGGACCGGGGAUCGACCAGGCUACAAAAGAUUUUUGUAAGUUCUAG